AUGUCUAGACUUGAAAGAUUGUUCACUUUGUUAGAGACUGGUAGUAACCCUGCGAUACGUAAAGCUGCUGCACAACAGAUUGGUGAAGUGCAAAGGUUACAUCCUCAUGAUUUACAGUCAUUGUUGGAUAAUCUACAUCCUAGAUUGUUACAUAAGGAAUGGGAUACACGUGUUGCUGCGGGUCAUGCCAUUGAAGCCGUAGCUUCAAACGUCCCUUUAUGGACACCUGUUUAUCGUAGUGAAGAAGAAGGCAAUGGUGGCGAGUCAUCUACAUUGUCAUCAUCAUUGAUCACUGAUCAACAGUUUGAUCUACAAUUUGACAACUUUGACAUUGCAAAGGUGUUGGCUAACGGUAGUCUACUUCUGGCAAGCGGUGGCCAGGAGUUUGAGCCAGAUGCUGCACCGCCUGGCACCGACCCAAAGGAACUGCUCAAGAUACAAAAGAGGAAGAUUAAGAAGAAGCUUGGACUGGACGAUAUCACAUCAAAUGGGAUGGAGCUGAUCGACGAUGACGAUCUGCUGGUCAACCCAGUGGUCAAGCAAGAGGCGGCAGACGAGCGCAAGGACAUAAGCACAGUGCUCGACACGACAGGAAUGAGUGCACGCGAGCGCAACAAGGCCAAGCGCAAGGCAAAGACCUCAUUGCGCGAGAGCACACAGGCACAACCAACCAAGCGAUACAAGGAUCUCAACAGCAGCUCGGAUGCACUACGCAAGUCGACCAAACAACACAUAACCGAGCAACCCCAGAACUCUGGUGUCAUCGUUCUCGAAUCCGUACUCGAUGUUGACAAGGCCUACAAUCAAGACGAGUGGCCAUUCACUGCACUCUACGAAGAUCUCCUCAUUGCCCUGUUCAGUCCACAAUGGGAGAUGAGACAUGGAGCAGCCGUUGGACUUAGAGAACUAUUCAGGAAGCAUGGCAAAGGUGGUGGCAUCACAGUAUUCACAAAGCCAGAGCUUAUCGAAACCAUCAACACACUCUGGCUCGAAGACUUUGCCAUCAGACUUCUCUGUGUGAUUGCCCUGGACAGGUUUGGUGACUUUGUAUCCGAUCAGGUUGUCGCACCUGUUAGAGAGACCUGUGCACAGGUACUUGGACUUGUUGUGAAGUUUAUGACACCAGAGAGUGUGAUGAAGGUGUUGACAGUGUUGUUGCAACUGCAGGAGAACAAACAGUGGGAGGUCAGACAUGGUGCAUUGCUGGGCAUCAAGUAUUUGUCUGUUGUAAGACUGGAUCUUAUGUCAAUCAUUCUACCUCGUAUACUUAAUGCUGUCACACGUGGACUGAGUGAUCGCGAUGAUGAUGUGAGGGCCACGGCAUCCGAGACCUUUCAGCCCUUGGCCAAAGAACUGGUUCAGAAUCAUCCGGAUCACAUACAGGAGAUAUUAUCCAUUCUUUGGGAGAUCCUGUUGGAGCUGGACGACCUGGCCGUGUCAACAUCGAGCGUGUUGAACCUGCUGGCAGACUUUUACACGUUCCCCGAGGUGCUGCCUGUCCAAUCUGGUGACAACAACAACAACAACAUGUCACACUUCCAGACAUCACACCUCACUCAGUUGGUGCCUCGUCUCUACCCAUUCUUCCGCCACGCACUGUAUAGCGUGCGAUUGUCGGCCAUACGAACGGUCGAGCGACUCAUCACUUCGAGCCCGGUGGUCGACCACAACACACACUGGCUGGUACCCAUCCUCUCUGAUCUCUUACGAUACAUCUUCCAAAACAUCCUGUUGGAGGAGAGGAAGGACAUUGUAGACAUCUCACUCAAGACAUGGCAGCAGCUCGUCAGCAGCUUCAACCCAUCCAUCCUGCGAUCGGCCACACUCUCGCACCUGAUACAAUGGAUCACACUACUCUCCACGCAGCCUGGAACACCAAUCAACAGCAGUCUCUUGUUGACCACAUCAUUCUCAUCAUCGUCCACCUCCACUACCAGCACAUCCAACACAAAGAUGGAGAUUGGCACCGUAAAGCGUGGACGUCUAUCCAAGCAACAGCAACAGGCCAAUGAAGCUGGUGCACGCAUUGUCAAGGAGAGUUACCUGUCCACCAGGUCCAAGGUCAUUGGUGCAUCGGCCAUCGGCAUGAUUAUCAAGACAUGGCCAUCCGAGUACAUCCAAGAGAUACAAGGACUAUUCUCCAACAUGAUCCAGUCGACCUCGGCAAUCCAACAACAUUUGGCAUCACUCAUACUCUCUGAAUCAUACAUCAACAACAACAACAACAACGAUUGCAAGACGACAGUGAACAGUGGUGUCCCUUUGACAGAACCAAUGAUCCAGGCAUUGACUGCCGCGCUGGAUGUGGCCGACCCCACAUGGUACUACUACGAGACCGACACGAUCAUCAAGAGCAAGUUGGCGGCCGACGCCAAGGUCUUGUCUCAAAGCAUAUGCAACACUGGCAUUGACUUUCGCGUGGAACUGCUCAUGCAGUUGAGCAAGGAUACGACACCACCCGAUCAGAUACUGCCCAUGUCGUUGGAGCUCGUGUCAAACGUGUACACAUACUGCAUUGAGAACAUCAAGAACCUGAUCCCCACCAGUGUCAAGUCGGGCCUGAUCGAUCAACUGGAGGGUCGACGCAAGACCAUCUUGUCAACAGUGGGCUACAUCGAAAAGCUACAGAAGGAACUGCACACAUGUGUGUUGGCAGCCUACGACGGCCUGUUGAUCGCAUCCAACAACAUCCCGGCCAAGGUUACGCCAGUCAUCAGAUCACUGCUACACUCAAUCAGAAAUGAGGAGGACGAAGUCUAUCAGAAUCGCACGUCGGCGUCGCUGGCGCACUUUAUCGAGCGAUGCGUAACGAGGAAGCCUUGUCCCAAUGACAAGGUAGUCAAAUCGAUGUUCUCGGUGCUCUGUGAGGACCGCACUCAAACACCCUUGGCCAGCGAUGGCGUGGAUGGCAAGUCCGACGACGACGCCAAUGGCAAGAGUGCUGCCGAGAGCGAUGAGAUCAAGAUCGCCCGUCUUGGACGUCGUGGUGCGCAUGAGUUCUUCACAUCAAUGUCGAAGCGCAUGGGCGCCCAACUAUUCACAAACAUACCCUCAUUCAUGGCAUUGAUGACACAGAACUGUGUGCAAGUUCACCAAGAGACGCAGUCGGACAACUUUGACGCGAUCAAGAACAAUGUGGAGCGACUCCAGACAUUGAUCGACGAGCUUCAAUUGCUCAGGACAGUGCUGCCCUCACUGGACGCCUCAUUCCACACAAUGCUGAACGAUGUCAUACCCAUUGUCUUUCACUUUAUCAAGACGCCCAACACAUCUGUGCAGUGGAUGGCGUCCAAGACCAUCGCUCAACUCUGUCGUACGAUAACACUCAGCUCAAUGCACUACCUCAUCUACAAUCUGUUGCCACUGCUUGGUGACAGCAGGUCCAUUGUCAAUCGCAGUGGCGCCAUCACCACUCUGCUGCAGGUGAUCAAUGAGAUGGCCAUGGAGAUCGUGCCCUACAUCGUCUUCCUCACAAUCCCCGUCCUGGGAUGUAUGAGUGACCAGGACACCACGCUGCGCAAGAAGGCAUCGCUGUGCUUUGCCAAGUUGGUCAAGCUGAUGCCUUUGGAGCCGGGCGUGCCCAACCCGCCCGGCCUGGACGAGCGACUCGUGCUGCAGAAGCUAGAGGAGCGAAAGUUCUUGGAGCAGCUGCUGGAUGGAUCAAAGGUGGAGCAGUAUCCACUGCCCAUCCGCAUCAACACUGAGCUGAGGAAGUACCAACAGGACGGUGUCAACUGGCUCGCCUUCCUCAACAAGUACAAACUGCACGGCAUCCUCUGUGACGACAUGGGUCUGGGCAAGACACUGCAGGCGAUCUGCAUCAUGGCUGGCUCAGACUAUGACCGUCGCGUCAACUUUGCCGCCAAGGGCACACCCAACUUCCAGCCCCUGCCCUCGCUGGUCGUGUGUCCAUCGACAUUGGUCGGCCAUUGGUACUACGAGAUCAAGAAGUUCUGCGACUCUACCAUGAGUCCGAUGACAUACAUGGGCUCGCCAAGUGAGCGCGCAGCACUUCGUCGCAAGUUCAAGGACCACAACGUACUGAUCAUGUCCUAUGACAUUGUUCGCAAUGACAUUGAUCAUCUGGGCGAGAUGAACUUCAACUACUGCAUCCUGGACGAGGGCCACAUCAUCAAGAACGCCAAGACCAAGCUGACGCAAGCGGCCAAGCAGCUAAAGUCCAACCAUCGUCUCAUCCUCUCGGGUACGCCAAUCCAGAACAAUGUACUCGAGCUCUGGUCGUUGUUUGACUUCUUGAUGCCUGGCUUCCUGGGCACCGAGAGACAGUUCGAUGACCUAUACAGCAAGCCGAUCCUCGCGAGCAAGGACCCCAAGUGCACUCCCAAGGAUCAAGAGGCCGGUGCCCUGGCAAUGGAGGCGCUUCAUCGUCAGGUUCUGCCAUUCCUGCUGCGACGUCUGAAGGAGAACGUGCUGCACGACUUGCCACCAAAGAUCAUCCAGGAUCGCUAUUGCAAGCUCUCUCCUCUCCAGAUGAGACUAUACGACGACUUUGCAAAGACUCACUUCAAACAAGGCAUGAACCAGGAGAUUAUGGACGACGACGAUGACCAAGACCAGGAUGAAGACGACGAGUCAUCAUCGUCAGGAAAGAAGAAGGGCAAGUCAUCAAAGAAGGCGGCACCAGCAACACAUAUAUUCCAAGCAUUGCAGUACCUCAGAAAGCUGUGCAGUCAUCCUCAGUUUGUGCUCAAUCAGAAUCAUCCACAGUACAACGCCAUCACCAAGGAGCUCAAGGCGGCCAAGUCGGAUAUUCGCGACAUUGAACACUCACCAAAACUUCAAACACUCAAGGAGUUGUUGCUCGAGUGUGGCAUUGGCGUGCAACAGACGUCUGCGUCAUCAUCGUCCAACGCCAACGAGGCACUCAGUCAGGAACCCAUCACCACACAACACAGAGUCUUGAUCUUUGCCCAGAUGAAGUCAAUGCUGGACAUUGUGGAGUCGGACCUGCUCAAGGUGCACAUGCCGUCCGUCACCUAUCUGAGGAUGGACGGCACGACUGAGGCCAUGAAGCGACAAACGAUUGUCAAUCAAUUCAACGCAGAUCCAACAAUCGAUAUCCUGUUGCUGACGACACAUGUCGGAGGACUGGGUCUGAACCUCACGGGAGCAGACACUGUGAUCUUCCUCGAGCACGACUGGAACCCAAUGAAGGACCUACAGGCAAUGGAUCGUGCACAUCGCAUUGGCCAGAAGAAGGUGGUCAGUGUCUAUCGUCUAAUCACCACAGGCACACUCGAGGAGAAGAUCAUGGGUCUGCAGCGAUUCAAGCUCAACAUUGCCAACACGGUGGUCAACCAGGAGAACCAGAGUCUUCAAACAAUGUCCACAAACGAAUUACUCAACUUGUUUGAUUACAACGAUGACGAAUCAUCCAAGGAGUCGUCCAACGAUGGUGGCGUAAACAAUCUUGGACAAGUGGAAAAGGCCAACAAGGGAGGACUCAAGAGUGUACUGGCAACGAUUGGCGAACUCUGGGACGAGUCACAGUACACUGAAGAGUUUGACAUCAACAACUUUAUUAGUUCAUUAAACUGA